AGAUAGGUGAGCAGAUGAGAGUAAAUGAGUCAGCAUGGAGGUUGAGGGAUAGAGGGAGUGGUUGAGAUAAGGCUUUAGGGAGAGAAUCAUGAUAGAGAGAGAUGUAAGAGUUUGUAGAUUUGAGGGGGAUUGAGAGAGACUGCUAUUUGAACAGAAAUCAAUUUUAUUGAGAAGUUGGGGUGGCUUUACAACUUCAAUUGCAACCCUUACUCUGCAAAAUCUUAGAUCUAUUAAACAGAUUUGUCCAGUUUAGCUAGAUUAGAAUGAAUAAUAGGGCGAAGUAAAUCAAGCAUGCGAAACGUGUGGCAGAAAAUUUUUGGGGAUAAACAGUUGGUUGGCAGUUCAGUUGAGCUGUCGCAUCACAGUAUCUGCAGCAGGAAGACGAUUAGCAGAAAAAAGAAGAAACCACGUGAAGAAUGCUCAGAGUGAUGAUAGCAUAUAAUAAGGGUCAAUUAAACCCAAAAUUGGAGGAGUAAAUAAAGCAACUUGAAGUGGGUUUACGCACCCAGUCCAGCCCUCCUGCUUCUCAAAGCGUUGGCGUCCGAAAUGGCCGUCUCAGUGAUCGGAGAAGGAGUGUCGGAAGCCGAAUCGGGUCCGCUGAUCAAGAAAACCACAGCGGACGGCGGCGUUGUAGACUACAAAGGCCGCCCAGUCAACAAAUCCAACACUGGCCGCUGGCGCUCGGCAUUCUUCAUCAUAGGUGUGGAAGUGGCAGAGAGGUUUGCGUAUUAUGGGAUAAGUACCAAUCUCAUCAGCUACUUAACGGGGCCUCUAGGACAAUCCAAGUCAACUGCGGCCAAGAAUGUUAACACAUGGUCUGGUGUAGCUUCCCUUCUGCCUCUUUUGGGAGCAUUUGUGGCUGAUUCAUUUCUUGGUCGAUACCGCACUAUUAUCAUGUCUUCUCUCCUCUAUAUCCUGGGACUUGGCUUGUUGACUCUUUUGGCUGUGCUUCCAUCUUUCACCCCUUCCAACUGCCAAAAUGGUGGAGCAGUCAUGCCAUGUUCUCCUCUAGCUGAAGUUGUACUCUUCUUCUCGCUUUAUCUAAUUGCUGUUGCCCAAGGAGGUCACAAGCCCUGUGUUCAAGCUUUUGGAGCUGAUCAGUUUGAUGGAAAAGAUCCAGAAGAGUGCAAAGCCAAGAGCUCGUUCUUCAAUUGGUGGUAUCUUUGUUUAUGUGCAGGUGCGACUAUAUCAGUUGUGAUCUCUAGCUACAUCGACGACAACAUUAGCUGGGGUCUUGGGUUUGGAAUCCCAUGCAUUUCAAUGUCAGUUUCAUUGGCCAUAUACUUACUGGGGUCUAGAACUUACAGGUACACCAACAAAUGCAACAAGAAGAACCCAUUUUCCAGAAUUGGUAAGGUGUUUGCUAAAGCAGCUGGGAAUUGGCAGACUAGUACCUCAGAGACACCUACUGAUAUUGAAGGUGAAGGAAUACUGGCUUGCCAAGAUCCUCAACAAUUCAAGUUUCUUUACAAAGCCUUGAUUGUACCGGUUGGUUCAAGGGAAGGAGAGGAAGGUUGUACGAUCAAUGAUGUAGAGGAGGCAAAGGCAGUUCUGGGGCUUGUUCCAGUAUGGUCUACGUGCUUGGUAUACGCUAUUGUAUUUGCACAGACUUCCACUUUCUUUACGGAGCAGGGAAUUACCAUGGACAGAUCAAUUUGGUCAGGCUUCUCCAUACCAGCUGCAUCGCUUCAGUUGUUCAUUGGCAUUUCCAUUAUAUCUGUCAUCCCCUUCUACGACCGUGUUUUUGUUCCUCUUGCAAGAGCUGUUACAGGGAAGCCCUCAGGCAUCACAAUGCUUCAAAGAAUCGGGGUAGGAAUGAUCUUUUCUAUGGUUUCUAUGGUAGUAGCUGCUCUGGUUGAGACGAAAAGGCUUGAAACUGCUCUGGAAUUCGGGCUGGUUGAUCUACCACAGGCAACUGUUCCGAUGAGCAUCUGGUGGUUGGUUCCUCAGUAUUUACUGCUGGGAAUUGCUGACGCUUUCACCAUAGUUGGCAUGCAGGAGUUCUUCUAUGAUCAGGUGCCAAAUGAAUUGAGGAGUGUGGGUCUUGGUCUCUACCUUAGUGUGAUGGGAAUAGGGAGCUUUCUGAGCAGCUUUAUCAUCUCCAUCAUCGACAAAAUCACGGCUGUAGAUGGCCGGGAUGGCUGGUUCUCCGACAACUUGAAUCGGGCACAUCUUGAUUACUACUAUUGGCUACUUGCUGCACUUAGCGCCCUGGGAUUGCUACUCUAUUUGCAUUCUGCAAAUUCCUAUAUUUACAGAUGAUGAUGAUGAUGAUGGUGAUGAUGAAACCUUGAAUUCUCAGUGUAAAUGCCCCUCGCCCGCUAUAUUUUGUUGCCUUUCUUCUGCUCAAUAUACAUUGUGUUUGGUGUGAGUCCGAAAUAUAUAUGUACGUUUAUAUUAUAGGCUGAAUGGGACUAUUGCUCGAUCGUUAUCCUUGUUCCAAACUAUUUGGAAUGCAUAUAUAUAUGAGAAGCCAUCCAUUUUGUUAG